AUGCCCACCGAACACGACAUCGAACAGCCUACGGCAAGCAAUCCUGACUCUGAGCAGGAGCAGCCUGCCAAACAGCCAGGCGAUGCCUCCCAGGAGCCUACCGCUACUGUUGCCGUCGAGGACGUCUCGAAGAAAGUAGAUAAAAGAGAGGAUGAUGCUGCUUUGAAGGCCCGCCAGCGCAAAGAGAGAUUCAAAGCUCUCCAGGCUCGCGCGAAAACGGCUACAGAGCGCAACAUGAAGGAAACUGCCGCCGAAACACAACGUCUGGCGACCGACCCGGCAUUACUUUCAUCGAUCUCGCGCAAGCAUGCCUUCGCAUCGCAUAACCUGCUAAAAGCUGAUACAGAGGCCGCGGGCGAGGAUUUUGAGCGCAAGCGCGCUUGGGACUGGACUGUGGAUGAGUCGGAAAAAUGGGACAAGCGGAUGGAAAAGAAACAACGCCAUCGCGAUGACGUUGCCUUCCAGGACUAUACACAAGAUGCGCGCAAAGUAUACAAGAGACAGCUGCGGGAGUUGCAACCUGACUUGGAAGUUUAUGAGCGAGAUAAGAUGGCAGCCAUCGAAAAAGCCGCCGCCAACGGGGACCUCGAAAUUGUGGAAACCAACGACGGCGAAAUGAUCGCGGUUGAUAAGAACGGCACCUUCUAUUCCACGGCAGAUACUGUUGGGUUCACGGAAAACAGGCCUGACCGGGCAGCUGUUGAUAAGCUGGUCGCGGACUUGAGAAAGGCUGAGGAGGUUCGACUCAAGAAGCGGAGAGACCGCCGCGGAGAUGAUGAUGGUGACGUCACCUACAUCAAUGAGAAGAACAAACAGUUCAACCAGAAACUGGCUCGCUUCUAUAACAAGUAUACUACCGAGAUUCGCGACAGCUUUGAGCGUGGAACUAUGAUUUGA